AGCAGCGGAAGACGGUGUGGUGUAGUUUCGUUUCCGAUUGACCUAUUUAGCUUCUCCUAUUAGCAUCAGUUGAUCAUCUUUAUGUCCAACAAUGGAAUUGGCUCUUCUUAAUUUAGCAGUUUGCUUUUUUUGAUGGCUUAUUUCUGAUUUUUCACCCAAGAAGCGAUCUACAAACAGAAAGAGCACUGUUAGCUUAAAGCGGAGCUAAACAGUCUGGCUGUUUUUAGCCACUUUGAUUUAGCUAACGUGAAGCUGACUGCGAUUAACAUGAGUUGUCAAACGUUAGCUGCGUUGUAAAUUCAUUUGUGUCGUUUGGGCUGUUCAUAUUAGCCAGCUAGCUUAUUAUCGAUUGCAGGCUGAUUAACGCUCACACUUUUAGCCACCUUGGCUUAGCUAGGUUCACUCUUGCAGCUCCCUUGCAUGUUCAGUGUGUCAGGAAGUGACUCCUCAGCCCCAUGUCUGCUGAGGCUUCAGCUGGCAGUAAUGCUGCUGACUCUGCCCAGUCUGCUGUUUCCCAGCCUGCCUUCCACAACACUGAUGAGCUCGGAAGUCGCGGCCUACUGGGGAGCAAAUAUGUUAAAUUAAAUGUUGGUGGUUCUCUGCAUUACACGACCGUCCAGACGUUAAGCAAGGAAGACAGCAUGUUGAGGAGCAUAUGCAACGGAGGAACAGAGGUUACCAUAGACUCAGAAGGUUGGGUUGUUUUGGAUAGGUCCGGCCGACAUUUUGGACUGGUUUUGAACUUCCUACGAGAUGGCUCAGUACCGCUUCCGGAGGACCACAGGGAACUGGAGGAGGUUCUGAAAGAGGCUCAGUACUAUCGGGUACAGGGACUCAUCCAGCACUGCCUCAGUGCCAUGCAGAAACAAAAGGAUGUGUUUGAAAGUGUGUGUCGCAUCCCCAUGAUUACCUCCGCCAAAGAAGAACAGAAGAUGAUUGCUACUUGUAGAAAGCCGGUAGUAAAACUGCAGAACAACAGAGGAAACAACAAAUACUCUUACACCAGCAACUCUGAUGAUAACCUGCUGAAGAACAUUGAACUGUUUGACAAACUUGUGCUACGAUUCAAUGGCCGUGUCCUGUUUGUCAAAGAUGUGCUUGGGGAUGAGAUCUGCUGUUGGUCUUUCUACGGUGAAGGCCGCAAGAUUGCUGAAGUAUGCUGCACUUCCAUUGUCUAUGCCACAGAGAAGAAGCAGACCAAAGUUGAGUUUCCUGAGGCUCGAAUCUUUGAAGAAACCCUCAAUAUCCUCAUUUAUGAGACUGGCAGAGGAUCCGGUCCAGGAGGACUACACCUUUUAGAUUCAAGAGGCUCACUGGGAACGGGCCAAUCAGAGGAAGAGGGCGCUGUGGGCGGUGACAGACGAGUAAGACGGAUCCACGUAAGGCGGCAUAUAAUGCACGAUGAAAGAGGGCACGGACAGCAAACUGUGUAUAAGGACUAAUAAUGUGAAAACAGAAGACGUGGGAGAGUGACUUCAUGUAUAUUCAUUUUUUGUUGGAUGCUAGCAGAAUGAGAGAGAGAUCCCUGAUAGCAAUAGCUUGGUAGUUUAGUUAUUUCAUUAAAUGUCUUUGGACGUCACUGCAGAAAUGUAGGGGUUGAUGACUGAUUGAUUGAUUUGUGACUGAAGUAGGAGUCGUCUGGAGAUGAAAGAUGCUUUUGUUUACAAGAAAACAAAAUGUGUACAUUAUUUAAAUAGGAAAUAUGUUCAAUUACCUGGGACACGAAACUGGCAUAAAUAUUACUUUGCAAAUGUUAAGGAACCUCCUGCAUGUUUUUACAUGGGCCUUAAAACCCAAAUCGCACCCCAUAGGUGGAUUUUAUUCCUAGAGCAGACAGCCCACUGGUAACGUGGGUGUUAAUGAUAUGCACUGGUACCCUCGUCUGUGUUUGACUUGUAGGAAACACUGUGUCCGUCUGUUUAUUCAGGUUGUGAAACAUCUGUUGCCUUGUCAUAAGUUGGACUGUUAAUGCUGCUUGACAGAGAUGAACAGGGUGGUCAAGUGUUAACACUGGAAUAAAACUGAGUAGCCAUUUUUAGUGAGGUUGUCUAUGAAUGAGAUUGUUGAGCAGCUCAAUUUUCUUUAUUUAAAUUAUUACGGCUGUUGCUUCAAGAUGUUUUUUAUUAAUUAAUUUAUGAACCUAAUUUAUUGUUUGGUAUUUAACAUGUUGUAUGCAAUCUUUGUGUUAACUAGUGCUCAAGUGAGUUUUAAUUUCCGGAAUGAUAUGAUGCACUCAAUAGCACACAUCCGAUUGUAAAUGACUAAAUAGUGAACUUACAUUUCAGUUUGAUGUUUCAAGAGGAACAGUGACCAUUUCUUUGAAAUUGCAUUUUAUUCUGAGCCAUGAUUUUUUUUCACUUUUGCUUUAUGUCUUACUCAAACCACUGAAAUUUGCUCCAAGUAAUUGGCCAUACACUGAUGAUAAAGGCAAUUCAUACUGGGUUGUAUUUUUAUUUCCCUCAGGGAGAAGAUAUGUAUUUUCUUUCUGAUAUUCACCAGUGUUUUGUGUAAACCUAAUCACUCUGAAUACUGAAAAAAACAUUGAAUGAGAGCAAUAUGUAUCUCAGACACUUUUUAAAAAUCACCUUGGAAUACCUUAAAAUAUGCACUAAUAUAACUUCCGUCCUAUAGUGGUCAUGGGAAAGGUCAGAAUAAAUUACUUAUGAAAUCCAA